GAAAGUGUCAGUCGCAAACCAAGUGAGAAUCCCGCCAAACAAAAAAAAAAAAAGGAAAAUCCACUACGAUGGAUACCAAACACUGUCUGCUAUUCCUCGGCCUGGUGUGCGUGCAGGCAGCGCUCGUUAGUGCCGUGCCGGACUGGGUGCCGCCAGAGAUAAUCGAAAUGGUGCAAGAGGACAAGGCACGGUGCAUGGGUGAACACGGUACACAGGAAGCGCAGAUCCAAGAAGUGAGCGCCGGGAAUCUGAUAAACGACAAGUCGAUCACGUGUUACAUGUACUGCCUUAUGGAGGCGUUCAGUUUGGUCGACGAGGAUGCUAACUUAGAGACCGAGAUGCUGUUGGGUAUUCUUCCGGAGAAUCUGCAGGCCACGGCUGCCGACAUUAUGGGAAAAUGCACCCCAACAAGCGGCAGCGACAACUGCGAAAAAAUAUUCAAUCUGGCUAAGUGUGUCCAAGCAGCUGUGCCAGAGCUGUGGUUCAUCAUCUAAACCGAGACGAGAGUUCGUACACGGGACGGCGAGACGGAAUUCUACAUACGAUCGAGCAACGUGAAAUCAAGAAACGGGACGAGAAACGAUCCCCCAACGAAGAAAAGCAACACAACAGGAAAUCGCGUCAACGUGUGAAACGAAAACCAUUCGAUUCCCGUACAGGUACACAACCUAGUUCACCUAGCAUAACGAUCAACUCUCCGCUCGUUUCUGAGUGCGGGUCUGUAAACAACCGAACGAACAAAUAUACGUUUUAUUGUAAAAAAAAAAAAA